GAUCCGCGGGCGUGGAGCUGGAACGGCUUGGAUAUAAGGUGCGGGCGUCUUAGCCAGGUCGCCCACGUUGCCACAAGCACUCACAACACCGCCCACACCCUCUCGUCAGCCGCAAGCGCCCAUCUAGUCAGCAGGAUGCACCCACCAGGCACCAAAGGCGGCUACCCUAGCACCGGUGGCUACACCACGGGGUACUCCACAGGGUACUCCAGCGGGUACUCUAGCGGGUACAGUGGCCAGCAGAUGCAGCAGAUGCAGCAGAUGCAGCAGAACCAGCAGAUGCCACCCCCCGUCCCUCCUUUCUCCCGCCCACGCCCCUCGUACCCACCCAAGCAUGAGCAUGAAUACGAGGAGGAGCGGCGCUAUGGGCGUGGGCGUGAGAGGUACCACUCGCGGGAGGUAGCCAUGAGGGCGUGCUUCGACAUGAUGAGACGCCGGUACAACGAAAUGCCAGCCGACCCCGCCCAGAAUUACCCCACCCACACCCACCCCAUGGGCGUGCCUGCAGACAUCCUUCGCGUGGACUACGUCGACUUCCGCCCACAGGAGAAUGCGAAGGAUCAUCGUACCUUCCAUUAUGAGUUGGUCCAAGAUCAUGACCGUCCCACGCCCGUGUUCAGGAGAGGGCAAGCCUUCUACAUGUCUCUGGUGACCCGCGAGCGAGACUUCGACUGCACGCGCGACAACCUUUACCUGAACUUCUACUUCGGCCCAAACCCUUCUGUGCCCAAGCGUACCCGCAUCGUCUUGCCCGUCACCAUCCAGAAGGAGUUCUCGAAGGCGCCGCAGAAGUGGGACUGCCGCAUCCACGCUCAGGACUCACGCAACCUCACACUGCAGGUGCACAUCCCCGCCACCUGCCCCGUGGGUGUGUGGCGCUGUGUGGUGGAGACGGCCACCAGGAACUACCCCAAGGCGAGGACGCAGUAUCGCGCUCCCGAGGACAUGUUCGUCAUCUUCAACCCCUUCUGCAGAGACGACGCCGUGUACAUGGAGAACGAUGCUCAGCGUAGCGAAUUCGUGAUGAACGACACUGGCAAGGUGUACCUGGGCGGCUCCAAGAACACCCACGGCCGCCCAUGGGUUUACGGCCAGUUCGAUGACUGCGUCUUGCCAGCUGCUUGCGUCCUGCUGGAGAUGUCUCGCCUGACCCAUGCUGAGAGAGGCAACCCCGUGAAGGUGUCCCGCGCCCUCUGUGCCAUGAUCCAGUCCUCAAGGAACCACCGUCGAGACUACGAGGACACAGACGGCAUGCUAGAACCUUACUACGAGGACGACCAUCGCGGAGGCCAGAACCCCCACCUCUGGACCGGUUCUGUCAAGAUCAUCGAGGAGUUCUUGUGGCAAGGGGCGACGCCUGUCAAGUUCGGUCACUGCUGGGUCAUGUCAGCUCUGCUCACGACGUUCCUGCGUACCUUGGGCAUGAGCGCUCGCCCAACCACAGUGAUUACGUCAGCGCAUGAGACCCAAGAUACCCUCACCAUCGACCGUUACGUGGAUCGCUUUGGUGAUAUUAUCGAGCGUGGUCCUGGGCGAGACCAGCCUGACGCUGUGUGGGCCUUCCAUACCUGGUGUGACGUCUGGAUGACUCGACCUGACCUGCCCUCAGGCUACUCGGGCUGGCAAGCUCUUGACCCUGCCCGCUCAUACUUCAGGGAUAGGUACUCAAACGGCUGUGGCCCAUCGUCUGCCGAGGCGGUGAAGAAGGGAGACGUUGGUUACUCCUACGAGACCUCCGCCCUCUUCUCCGCCCUCAACACCUUCGUCAGAUACUUCUACGAGGAUGAUGACUCCGAGUGGGGCUACACACACUACAGGCAGUACAGGUUCCCAAUGUGCAGGUCGAUAAUGACCAAGGCCGUAGGACGCCACGACGACGACGGCGAGGGUGACUGCGAAGAUGUUACGAAGACGUACAAGGACAUGGAGAGGUCCGAGCCAGAGAGGUUCACCGUCUUCAACGCCUGCCGGGGAAUGAGGAAGGACCACGUCUACUACGAUUAUCAGGACCAAGGGAGCUAUGACGUCACCUUCGAGCUCGUGGACCCUCAGCGUGUGGCCGCCGGUCAGAGCAUGACAGUCACUUUGCAGGUCCACAAUAAUUCCAGCGAGACACGUACCGUCCAGGCCACCAUUUCAACCAGGAGCGCCUUCUACACCGGAGUGAUGGGCGCCCACCUGAAGCGCGUCACGGGCCAGUUCACCCUCGCCGGCGGCCAGCGUGACACCCUCACACUCAGACUGGACGCCUCCGAGUACCAGGACCGCCUCGUGGACAUGGGCUUCAUCAAGGUCACGGCCUCAGGCUUCGUGAACGAGAACAAGCAGUCGUACAUCGACGAACACGACUUCCAGUUCGAGAAGCCGAGGAUGAGCAUCGAGGUGGCAGAGUGCCAGGUCGGACAGGAGUGCACCGCAACUUUCUCCUUCAGCAACCCCCUGGACGUCCCCCUGACGGACUGCUUCUUCAGCAUGGAGGUCGGCGGCGCCUGCAGGCCCAGGACCAUGCGCGUCAACCGCGAGGUCCGGCCAAGGGAGACCUUCACCUACACACAGACCUUCGUUCCUCGUCGCUCCGGGGACCGCCGCCUCGUCGCCGCCUUCACCUCCAGGCAGCUCCACGACAUCACCGGCUCACGCAAGCUCACCAUCCGCGACUAAACGGACGGCCUUCCGGUGGCGCGAGGACGAGGAGAAGGAAGAGGUCUCGCUGGUGUGGAUCUGCCCUCUCUUCUUUUCUCUGAUAUUCCUUUUCUCAACAACAACCCCCUCCCCCUCCCUCCAACCCCCAAUCCCCACCCUAUCACACCCUCCCUCCCCCUUGAAAGCAGCCUGAUGAUAGCGAGGUAAGCGAUAACCAUCACUUUUGAAACACGCGAUGAAAAGAUGGCUAUUAUCAUUCAAACAAGGGAAGGAAAACCGCGAAAACAGAAGAAAUAUCCGAAGAAAAGACAUAAAAAAACGCGUCCAAGCCAGACCUGCGUCCUGAAGACAGACGCUGACGAAGACGCAGCAGCAGCAGCAGUAGACAGAAGAAACAAUGAUGACGAAAAACAAAACAAAACAGGGGGAGAAGAACGAAGAAAAACUAAAAUAGAAACGAGCCAAAUACCAAAAAAGGAAAGAAACAAAAAGAUAACAAAAGCAGACAAGUGUGAAGCCCUAUGACCACGCAACACAAAGUCUCCUGCAGGACCAUGUAAGGAGUUUAUCAAACGCCAUCGUUAUUUUAGCGCCAAGUUCACGAAAUGACACCAGCAGCUGUGCGCGAAAGAAAGAAAGAGAAAGGGGAAAAGCGAAGAAAGCGGGCGAGACAGAGAGAAGAGAGAAAGACCAAAGGGAGGAAGAGUGCGAGAGGCAGAGCGAAGAGCAAGAGAGAGAGAGAAAGAGAAAGAGAAAGAGACGAGAUGAAGAAAUGCGAAGGGGGAAUAAACGAAACCGCAGAAAAAUGAAGGAUAGGGAAGAGAGAAAGAAGGAAAGAGGCAGAGAGAAGAAAGAAAAACAGGAGUGAGCAAGUGUAAGACAACGUAAUAUACAGAGAAGAAAGCAACAACCAAAAACGAAUGCAAAUUCAGUAAGGCCUAUAGCUGAUACUCGAAAAAAAAAAUGUAAAAAAAACACCCACACAUUAAGGUUUCAGAAAACGACCUAGCGAACAUAUAAACACAAAAAAAAACUAAAAAAAAAAAAAAAUCAAAUAGGUAUAUACAUCUAACUCUUAACAAACAACAUUUCUGUAAAAUUUGGGUUUCAUCGUCAAAGAAGAUGCUUGGUGCAUUACUUACGUAGACAAAAUAGGUGAUGAAUACACAGAUUUACAGCAGUAGUUAUUUUUCUUUUCUUUUUUUUUUUCUCUCUUAAUUUUUGGAUCUUAGCGCACCAUAGACAGACAAUAGGAGAAACGAAUAGGCCUUUUUUUAUUAUUAUAGCACACUGGUACUGUCAACACCAAACACCAUCGCGCUUAAGGGAUAACUUUUGUGAAUAACACCAUUUCUUAAUUUUUUCCCCAUAUGUGUAGGUAUACUUCAAUUUACUCUUCCACAAAAAAAAAAAAAAAAAAAAAAAAAAAAAAAAACUAAAUAUAAUAAAUAAACGAAAAUAUAUACAUUAUAUAUAUACAACAAGACAUAACACAAAACAAGAAUACUAGUGUAUUGAUUAUCAUUGCAAAAGAAAAGUUGACGACUAUAUGCAUGGUAUUGGACAGUCUCGAAUCGUUUUCUUUCAAGCACAGCCUUACUUCAUAGAAAAUGGUCACAGUUUAGAGCAUGUACUUAGGUAUUCACACGUUAAUCACUAAAUUCAAUAUUGUCAUGUAGGUACCGGAAGCUUGGAGAUAUGGCUAUGGGGACGUUGAUCUUGUGCUGCAUCUGAAGGAAAACAAACAAAACUUUUCAGGAAAAAAAAGAAAAUAUGAGCCUGCUCGGCAUUUUCAUUGUUGUUAUUGUCCUUUUCAGAACGUCAUAUAUAUAUAUAUCUUUUUUAUAUAGAUAUAAUAUACACUACCUUCCCAUGGAGAACCCAUAUCUCCGAUCCCCAUAGUUAAGUAUAUGGCGGUUUUCAGUGUAGAAUUACAAUGUAAAGUGGUUGUGGGACGAUAGAUACGCCAAACGAUAGUAUUUUCAUCUCUUUCUCAAACAAUGGUUUAAAAAAAAAGUCCUUUUUUUUAUUAUUUCUUUGUCCACCUACCUGUCCGCCUGCUUGAAUUAACCCCAGGUCCGUUCUCUCGCUUGAUAGACUUUUAUUGGUGUAAAUUAGGUUCCCUAGACGAGAUGGACUACGAUAGAUCGACAAAUAAACCUCUUCAGCAGCA